AAAAGAUAGUGGGGGGGGAAAAGGUUAAAAUGGAAAGCAACGAAGUUAAAAAAGAUUGAAAACAUUUUUACCACAAGUCGUGUAAAUAGUACAAAAACAAAACACACAACUGUGUGUUUCUUUCUUUUUGUUUUCUCUCAUCAGAGUUUCCACAAACCCAAUCGUUUCUCUCAGGUACUUUCUAAAACUUGAAGUCGAUUGUCUUAGAAAGAAGAGCCUCAAAAUAUAUAAGAAAAAAAAUGUUGGAUUAUGAAUGGGGAUCAACAAACCCGCCGCCGAUCAUCCUCUCUGGCGAAGAAUCCGAACCUGUUUUCAACUCCGACCCAUCUCACUCUCACAACUUCCCCACUUUCAUAGACCUCCAUCAUCACAACACAUUCUUUACUCCACCGCCGCCACCGCCACCACCGCCGCCGUCCACGGCGGCGUUCAGCUCUCACUUAGGGGGAUUCUACGACCACCCACAGAGCUACACUAUGGGUACUUCUUCAUAUCAUCAUUAUAAUAGUGUGACUGGGGGUGGAGGGGAGUUUAUGUUGGUGCCGAAGAGUGAGGAUGUUUGUGGGAGUAUGGCGGCGCCGGUGGAAUUUGCGGCGAGGAUUGGGUUGAAUUUGGGGGGAAGGACGUAUUUCUCGUCGGAGGAAGAAGAGUUUGUGAACCGGCUGUACAGGAAGACGAGAAGCGGCAGCGAAAUGGGUGGUUCGGGGAAUUGGGCGGUCCGGUGUCAAGCGGAGGGGUGUAAUGCGGAUCUGAGUCAAGCGAAGCAUUACCACCGACGACAUAAGGUUUGUGAGUUUCAUUCUAAAGCUUCCACUGUCAUCACCGCCGGGUUGACUCAGAGGUUCUGUCAACAGUGCAGCAGGUUUCAUGUAGUAGGGGAGUUUGAUAAUGGAAAACGGAGUUGCCGGAAAAGAUUGGCAGAUCACAACCGUCGACGGAGAAAGACCCAACAAUCUCAUCAUCAAGGAACCCCUAACUCAUCGCAACUGCUCCAAACUACCCCUUCUUCUUCAACUCAUUCUGCUGCCACCAGAUCAACAAUGGAAUCAACAGGACAAUCGGCAUGGUCCGUAACUGUGGCAGUGUCUCCAACAAGAAUGUCAUUAGACUGUCUUAACCAACGACCAUAUUAAAUGCAUAAUAUAUUCUUCUCAAUGACUGUGACGAGAACUCAUGACAAAAGAAUAGAAUUUAAUUAGGAAAUAACAUAGAGAAGAAUAUGAUAUAUGAUUCAUAUGUGUAUUGUGUGUAAACGGUUGUUAUUAACUAAUUAACCUUCUAUAUAUUAGUUGUAACUAGAUUUUCAUUUU